AGAAUAGAUCAUCCUAGCACAACCAAGAAAAGUUGUGAAUAUCCUUAAGAGAUAUGGGAGGUGUUGUUUUGAGAGUUUUUAGUUAGAGCUUGUAUGUCUCUUCUUUCUAUUCUUGAAAGUAAUAGAAGUGUUUUUCUCUCAUAUUAGCACGAUCCUGUUAUUCCCAACAAGUGGUAUCAGAGCCUGGUUGAGCUUUUGAUAUUUUUCCCAGAUUUUUUUCAGAUAAAAUUCUACUGUCUGAAAAAUCGAGUUUUUCAGUAUUGCUCGGAAUUGCAAUCUGAAUAUACCGUUAGAUUCGUCUCGUCGAGACGAGAAAACUGGUAUUUUUGGGGAUUUUUUUGGCCACCGGAAGCUGCCGUACGCGCCGCCAAACGCCGGCCAAAAAAUGCCUGCGUCAUGCUGACGUCAUCACGCGCAGACAGAGGUUGAAGACAGCUGAUGUCAUCGCUGACGUCAUCAGCCAGCCAGAGCUGCGUCAGCGACACGUCAGCGCCACAUGUGCAGUCCCAGCACAGUCAGCCGCCACGUCACCAGUCAACUGCCAACUUUCACCAGCGCCCAGUCAGCUGCCACGUCAUCGCCCAGUCACCGCCACGUCACUGCCACGUCAUCUGCCACGUCACCGGUCAGUUUGUAAUUUUGAAAAUUUGCAGUUUGGUCCCUCAAUUUUUGGAAAAUUAUAAUUUCCACCUAUAAUUUUUCGAAAAUUGUAUUUUGACCCCGAAAGUGCCUACCCACCACUUUCGGCCGUUCCAGACGCAACGGUGCUGCCCGUUUUUCGAAAUUCGGCUCCGAUUUUUCUGAAACAGAAAAUCAAAAUUAUUUAGAAGGUGAAAAUGACCUUUGACGAGUCAACUUCAUCUUCCGGAGCUAUGAUUAUGCUCACGGCUACCAACUACACGCUAUGGAAACCUCGGAUGGAAGAUUUCCUUAGCUGUAAAGACCUUCUUGAUCCAAUAGAGAUGAAAGGUAUUAAUCCUGACCCGGCUAAGUCAACGGAAUGGAAGAAAAUUAAUAGAAAAACUAUUGGUCAAAUCCGACAAUGGAUUGACCAUAGUGUCUUCCACCAUGUUGCACAAGAAACCGAUGUUUAUGCCCUUUGGAAAAAGUUAGAAGAUAUGUACCAGGCCAAGACCGCUAUGAACAAGGCCCUACUGAUGAGGCGUCUUGUCAAUAUGAAGCUCAAAAGUGGAACUUCUGUUGCCGAACAUACUAGUCAAUUUCAGAGUCUGGUAAAUCAACUAUCUUGUGUAGAAAUGCCACUUGGAGAUGAAAUGCAAUCUCUACUGCUUCUUAAUUCCCUUCCUGAUAGUUGGGAGACACUAGUUGUUACUCUCAGCAACUCAGCCCCAGAUGGCAAACUUACCAUGUCUGUGGUCAAGGAUGCACUGUUCAAUGAGGAGGCAAGAAGGAAAGACAUGAGCACAGAUGAGACUCAUGCCCUUGUGACGGAGAAUAGAGGAAUGUCACAAGGAAAACAACAAAGAAACAGUAGAGGGAAAUGGCAAAGCAGAGGCAAAAGUCGGGGGAGAUCAUCAGAUGCCCGGAAACCUUCUUAUACCUGCCACCAUUGCGGUAUAGAGGGUCACAUGAAGAAGAAUUGCUACAAAUUGCUAGAGGAUCGAGGCAAGAGCAAUUCUCAAGCGAAGAACAAGGGUGGUGAAGCGCUCAUCACAAUCUCAGGUGAUGUGGCGUAUUGUACUGCCAAUGAUGAAACAUGCCUUCACGUCUUAAGAGAGGACACUGAAUGGGUGGUAGAUACUGCAGCAUCCUACCAUGUUACUCCCCACAGGUACUACUUCACAACUUACAAAGCUGGAGACUUUGGAGCAGUGAAGAUGGGUAAUUCCAGUUCAUCUGAAAUAGCUGGAAUUGGUGAUGUACAAAUAAAGACGAGUUCUGGGAGCACAAUCACUUUGAAGGAUGUCAGACAUGUUCCAGACCUUCGUCUCAAUCUCCUGUCAGUGGUAUGUCUUGACGAACAGGGAUAUGAAAACCACUUCAAUAGGGGCACCUGGAAAAUGUCAAAGGGCGUUUUGACAAUCGCUCGAGGACAUGUUUGUGGCACAUUGUACAAAACUCAUUUGAGGAUUUGUACAGAUAGCCUCAAUAUUGCUGAGGAGAUUACUCAGAAUCUGUGGCAUCUGAGGCUCGGCCACAUCGGUGAGAAAGGGUUGACUACCUUGAUGAAGAAGAACCUUAUCAACAUCGACAAGAAUGCUGCACUGGGUCCUUGCAGUCAUUGUCUGUUUGGUAAGCAUCAUAGAGUAUCAUUUAGUUCUACUUCAGCUAAAAGAUCAGAGUUGUUAAGUUUGGUACACUCCGACGUCUGUGGUCCGUUCGAGGUGGAAUCAAUCGGUGGAAGCAGAUAUUUUCUGACUUUUAUCGAUGAUGCUUCUCGGAAAGUGUGGGUGUAUUUCCUGAUUACGAAGGAUCAGGUAUUUGAGUGCUUCAAGACAUUUCACGUCUUGGUGGAACGUGAAACGGGAAAGAAGCUGAAAUGUCUCCGAUCUGAUAAUGGAGGCGAGUAUACUUCCAAGGCGUUCGAUGCAUAUUGUAGAGAAUAUGGCAUUCGACAUGAGAAGACAGUACCACGCACCCCUCAGCACAACGGCGUUGCUGAAAGAAUGAACCGGACUAUCAUGGAGCGCGUCCGGAGCAUGCUAAAUAUGGCUAAGCUCCCAAAGUCAUUCUGGGCAGAAGCAGUCAACACCGCAUGCUAUCUUAUCAACCGAUCACCUUCGGUACCACUGAACUUUGAAGUUCCAGAGAGGCUAUGGACAGGUAAGGAUCCUACAUACUCACAUCUUAGAGUAUUUGGCUGUUCAUCAUAUGCACAUGUAUCCAAAGAGCUCAGGCAGAAGCUCGAUGCAAGAACUAUCCCAUGCAUUUUCGUUGGCUAUGGAAAUGAAGAGUUUGGAUACAGGCUAUGGGAUCCUAAGGAGAAAAAGGUGUUCAGAAGUAGGGACGUUGUGUUCCACGAAGAUUUGACAAUAGAAGACAUUGAAAAACCCACAAUGUCUCGGAAGUCAAAUGAGGGUGUUCAAGUUUCAAAUGAAGCACCAGAAGAGGACAAAGUGCAUGAAGAUAACUCAGAAUCAGAAGAAGGCGAGGAGACAGAAGAGAGUGCAGAGCAAGGGGAGACACAAUCCACCCCGCCAGACACAGAUGAUGGUAGCUCUUCUCAGAUGGUUCCAACUGUUUGUAGAUCUGAACGAAGGCAUAUACCAUCGACAAGGUACACAUCAUCUGAAUAUCUUUUGUUAACUGAAGAUGGAGAACCGGAGAGUUUUCAAGAAGCUGUAUCUCAUAAGGAUAAAGAAAAAUGGCUAAUAGCAAUGCAGGAUGAGUUAGAAUCUCUGCAGAAAAAUCAAACUUAUGAGAUCGUAGAACUUCCUAAAGGGAAGAAGGCACUGAGGAACAAAUGGGUGUUCAAGCUGAAGAAGGAUGCAAACGGAUAAGUGGUGAAACACAAAGCUCGGUUGGUUGUCAAAGGGUUCCAGGAGAAGAAAGGAAUUGACUUUGAUGAGAUCUUUGCACCAGUUGUCAAGAUGACCUCAAUCCGAGUUAUACUUGGCUUAGCAGCAAGUAUGAACUUGGAGCUUGAACAGAUGGAUGUGAAGACAGCAUUUCUUCACGGAGAUUUGAAAGAAGAAAUCUUUAUGCAGCAGCCGGAAGGUUUUGAGAACUCAAAUGAUAAUUUUGUGUGUAAAUUAUCUAAAAGUUUGUAUGGCUUGAAGCAGGCACCAAGGCAGUGGAAUAAGAAGUUUGACUCAUGCAUGAAGAGUCAAGCCUACAAGAAGAAUACUGCAGAUGAGUGUGUAUACAUCAAGAAACUUCCAGACGGUACCUUCAUUGCUCUUCUACUAUAUGUAGACGACAUGUUGAUCGUUGGGAAAGAUGCAGUGAAGAUAAACCAACUGAAGAAAGAACUCUCUAAGUCUUUUGAUAUGAAAGACUUAGGACCGGCUCAACAGAUUCUUGGGAUGCAGAUCACUCGAGACAGGAAGAAUCGCAAGUUAUGGCUAUCUCAGGAGAAGUACAUUGAACGAGUACUUGAGAGAUUCAACAUGAAUGAUGCCAAGCCAGUAAGUGUUCCACUUGCGACUCAUUUCAAGUUGAGCAAAAGAACAUGCCCUACAUCCAAGGAAGAGAUCGGGGAGAUGUCAGCAGUUCCAUAUUCUUCAGCAAUUGGGAGUUUGAUGUACGCCAUGGUAUGCACAAGGCCAGACAUCGCACAGGCAGUGGGUAUAGUGAGUCGUUUUCUCUCUAACCCCGGGAAGGAGCAUUGGGAGGCAGUCAAAUGGAUUAUCAGGUACUUGAAAGGUACCACGAAGUUAUGCCUUUGUUACGGAGGAGCUGAUCCAGUCUUGGAAGGCUACACAGAUGCUGAUAUGGCCGGAGAUACUGAUAGUACAAAGUCUACUUCAGGAUAUCUUUACACUUUUGCAGGGGGAGCCGUUUCUUGGCAAUCAAGAUUGCAGAAGUGUGUCACUUUAUCUACAACAGAAGCAGAAUACAUUGCUGCCGCUGAAGCAGGUAAGGAAAUGUUGUGGCUAAAGCGCUUUCUCCAAGAACUUGGGAUCCAGCAGAAAGAGUACAAGGUACAUUGUGACAGUCAGAGUGCUCUAGACUUGAGCAAGAAUUCUAUGUACCAUUCUCGUACAAAGCAUAUUGACAUUCGGUAUCACUGGAUACGGGAGACGAUUGAUCAACAACUGUUGAGACUAGUGAAGAUCAAUACAAAGGAGAAUCCAUCAGACAUGCUGACGAAGGUGGUAACACGGGAUAAUCUAGAGCUGUGCAGAAUUCAAUUUCCAGGUCAUAUCCAAGUACAAGCAAAUUGAAGAAUUCAAUUCAUAGCUUCCAUGAAGCUUCCUCCAUGUGCAAGAAUGACAAGGGGAGCUUCCUCAACCACCAUUGAAGCUUCCUCAUGUUCCAUUGAAGCUUCCUUCCACCUUCAUAGUACCUAGUUUUGGUGCUAUAAAUAGAGAGCUUGGAGAGUCUUUCUAUCAUCAAGUAAAUUAGAAUAGAUCAUCCUAGCACAACCAAGAAGAGUUGUGAAUAUCCUUGAGAGAUAUGGGAGGUGUUGUUUUGAGAGUUUUUAGUUAGAGCUUGUAUGUCUCUUCUUUCUAUUCUUGAAAGUAAUAGAAGUGUUUUUCUCUCAUAUUAGCACGAUCCUGUUAUUCCCAACAUGAUGUACAUUCUAUAAAUAUAAGUAGUACUAGAAUAAAAUCUUUUCAUUUUGAUCCGUUUACGAAAACAUUCCUUUCAAAUUAGUUUUCCAGUGACUGAAUAGAUUACGACUUUCCUUUGACUUAAAAGCUUUCUUUGUAGAGACUUGCUUUAUCGAAGAAAAAAAUUACUAUGCUCCUUUUUUUUUAUCGCAACAUGUUGCUUUUACACUAUUCACAUGUUCUAAUUUGACUG